AAUACCGUAUGUGUAGCUUUCUGGUGGAGUUGCGCAUGCGCACCAGGAUUCGAGCUGUCACUGCAGUAAGAGCAGUAAGAUGGAUAGUGGGGAGGCUCCUGCUCAGAGGCCAGUCAGCUUAGACAUCACAGUGGAAGAUGUAACCGUGGAAGCCCCAGACCCUCUGGAGCCAACCACUAGCCAGACCCCUUCCAGAGACAACGUCAUUGUCCAGGAAGACAGCAUCGACCUGGGCGGAGAGUUUGCCACUCCCCAGGAGGUCAGCAGUGCCACACCUUCAGAGAGUCUGAUGGACAAGCUCAAUGACCAGAUGAUGGAGAGUGUCAUGAUUUCUGACUCACCUAAUAAUAGUGAGGAGGACGAUGUAGCUCCCAUUGACUCCUUUCUGGAUGGAGUGGGGGAGGAGGAGGAUCCACAAGAGACCUCAGGUGACCAAGAACAAAGUGAACUUGGACAGAAUACAACUGAGAUUAAAAUUUCAGUGGAGGAACAGGAGAAAGGUGGUUCUGAGGAGAAAACAGAAGAGGACACCAAGAAGCAAACAGACACACAUGAGCAAGUCACAGCUUGUGUUUCACCUCAGAGCCCAUCUGAUCUCAAAAGCGAGGACCCUGCACCGCAAGAAGCUAUGGGGACAAGCCCAAAAGACGAGCUUGUGCCGGUGUGCACCAUAUUCAGCCAGGGCACCCAACCGAAGUCUCUGGUGCCUGAUGGCUUCCAGCCCACCCUUAUCAAGUCCCCCAGCUUUAGCAUGGGGAGUGGUGGGGGAAGCGUUGAGGCAGUGACACCCAGCAAACUGACGGCCCCCUUUGUGUGUCAACCCAGCCCCAGCCUCAGUAAGUUCUUCACUGACAACGGACAGGUCAAUCCAGCCUCUGACUUUUUUGAUUCCUUUACUGGACCCUCUUCCUUCAUCUCUGUUUCAAACCCAAAUGCUGAUAUCCCUCCUGGCGCCAGCACGGCGCCCAUAGCCCCUACCCCUGAACGCCAGCUCUCUUCCACGUCCUCCUCCAUCUCUACCCCAGGAGGACUUCUGGACUCUGGUGCUCCCACCCCUAACUCAGUUUUUGGCCCUGUCCCCACUGAAUCCACGAGCAAGCCCCAACCUCCUACCCCCCUAGCUGUUCCAGCUACAGCUCAAGCUCCCACCCCAGUCACUCAGCCGCAGCCCUUCAACCAUCUCCAGGCUGUGUUCCUGGGCAACGAUGACCCGUUUGCGACAGCGCUGAGCCUGAGUGAGGUAGACAGGCGCCAUGAUGCCUGGCUGCCAUCUGAGGAGACCAGGAAGGUGUUGAUCUCUGUGGCCACCCAGCAGUACAGCCCGGCCUACGUAGAGACCAACAGACUCACCAUGCCUGGACUCAAGUUUGACAACCUGCAGGGCGAUGCUGUAAAAGACCUAAUGCUUCGUUUCUUGGGAGAACAGGCAGCCAUGGGGCGUCAGGUCCUUACCGCCAACUCUGUGGAACAGUCCUUCACAGGCCUGAAACAGCUCAUUAGCAGUAAGAACUGGCGGGCUGCAGUGGAUCUGACAGGUCGGCUGCUGUCAGCUCAUGGUCAAGGAUAUGGAAAGGCUGGCCAGCCAACCUCCCACACCACCGACUCACUGCAGCUCUGGUUUGUGCGGCUGGCCCUCCUGACUAAGCUGAACCUUUUCCAAAACGCUGAGCUGGAGUUUGAACCCUUUGGCAACCUAGAUCAACCAGACCUCUACUAUGAGUACUACCCCACUGUUUACCCCGGGAGGAGAGGCUCCAUGGUGCCGUUCUCCAUGCGGCUGCUCCACGCCGAGCUUCCCCAGUACCUGGCCAAGCCCCAGGAGGCUCUGGACCGCCUGCACAAUCUCAAAACUGUCUGCCUCACUAUUCUGGAGAACUUGGAGAAGGGCUUGGCUGAGGAUGGCAGCAUGAUCACUCUAACACAGGAGAACCGGCAAGUGUCUCUUAAGCUGUGGAGGUCUCGCCUCAGCCGGGUCAUGUACUCCAUGGCCAACUGUCUGCUGCUGAUGAAGGACUAUGUUCUGGCUGUGGAGACCUAUCACUCCAUCAUCCAGUAUGAACCCCAGCAGAAAGUGCAGCUGCUCAGUGGCAUAGGACGCAUCUUCUUGCAGAUCGGAGAUGUUAAAACAGCAGAGAGGUACUUUCAGGAUGUGGAGAAAGCCUGCCAGAUGAAAGGGAGCCAGCCCAGCCACACCACAUGCGUGCUGAUGAACAGGGCUUUUGUUUACCUCAGUCAGAACAACUACACUGAAGCACACGCAUCCUUCAUUGAUGUGUUGAAAAUUGACCCCAAAAAUCCCGUUGCCAACAACAACGCAGCGGUGUGCCUGCUCUAUCUAGGCCGUCUGAAGGAGUCCCUGGGCCAGCUGGAGGGCCUGGUGCAGCAGGACCCCGCACUCUACCUCCACGAGAGCGUCCUUUUCAACCUGACCACUAUGUACGAGCUGGAGUCGUCUCGCAGCACCCAGAAGAAGCAGGCUCUGCUGGAGGCUGUGGCCUGCCGGGAGGGGGACAGCUUCAACACACAGUGCCUCAAACUAGUCUAGGAGCAAGAGGGUGAACUGAGGGACACACACAACUGCUUUCUCCUCCGUUGUGACAGGGAAUAAAACUCCAAGCGAAGAAUCAGUAGAGGAGUAAAAAGCUCUGGCUCCUAUGGGAGUGAGGUGACAGAAAAGUAAAUGUUUAGUGAUUGGUUUGUUUUCCCAAAAGCAAGUUGAUACAAGAUCUUUUAAAACUGGUUAUAUUCUUACUAAAUGGAUGUGGAAAGCCAAGCCCAGGUACACAUUUUACUUUGUGUUUACAGGGGGCACGGCACUCCCAUCCUUCUGAAGGGUGACCCAGAAAGGAUUCGCACAUUUACUUACAGCAACAGAAACGGUGGCCUGCUCACUCAUGCUGGUGGAGUGACGUUUUGGAAAAGAAACGGCCCUAUAAAAGACCUGUGUGUGCAGGAGGAUGUUAUUUUUAGUUUACAGAUAAAAGAAAUAGUUUGACAUUUUGGAAAAUGUACUUAUUUGCUUUCUUGUCAUGUGUUAGAUGAGAGAAUCGAUACCACUCUCACGUACCGUAAAUAUUAAGCUACAGCUAGUAGGCAGUUAGCUUGGCAGUAAAGCUGGAAACAGAGAAACCGCUAGCCUGACUCUGUCUAAAAGUUAAAUAAAAUUCACCUACUCUCAAGGGACCACUACUAUGUCAUGCUAAGGGUCACAUGACCGACAGGAGUACAUCACUCGCACUAUCAGUAGCGAGCUAAUCUGCAAGCAUGUUACUGUCACUACUGUAAUCUUGUAUUUUUAUUUAAAAAUGUAUACAUUUCACUAAGUUUUUUUGUCUUUCUACUAAAAUUAGCUAUUUCCUCUUCAUUGUCUGAUAUUUAUACAUCCAGACAUUGUGAACAGAACUGAUGGGAGUUCUUUCACUGGAUAAGGAUAAGGGAAAAAUUGGAAAAAGUUUUCAAAAUCUGAUCAAGGAUUCAUGUUUUGUAGGGAUGUUGGCUUGUUACCAGUCUUUCUCUCACAGUGUUAAGGAACUGCUUUGUCCAAAAUAAACACAAAAAAAUGGAGUGCAGUAGGUCGUUUAAACUACUGAUGCCUUCAGCUGCCUUUAGCUUACAUGUGACUCCCACCAUGCAGGUUAUUGUCCCUCACGUGUCCAAGAAACAGUCCACAAAUUGUGGUUUUUACAUGUUAGCUGUAUCCCCCUGCUUUCAGUCUUUAUGCUAAGUUAAGCUAACCAGCUGCUCUACUCUAGCUUCAUAUUUAGCACGCAGCCAUGAGAGUGGAAUUGAUCUUCUCUUCUAUAUCUCUGUACGCAAAGAAAAAUAUUUCCCAAAAUGUCAACCUAUACCUCCAAAUUGUUUCAU